AGCAGAUAAACUUACAAUUGAUUAUGUGUAUGAGAAUAAUACAGUGGUACAAUACGACCCAAACAAGUGUUUCAAAUAAGACCAAGAAAAGACUGCUAUUUACUAUUCAAUGAUGCUGUUCUAAAAUAUUCUGAAAAAAGUAUGACACAUGACAGAAAGGUCUACAAUGUUUAUUUGACUCUAUUAGACCGGAAAAUGCUAUUUUGAAUCGAACAGAAAAUGACUCUUUGGACAAGAAACCCAAUAAUAGAGUGACAUGAAUGUGAAACAUGAAAUCCACACCAUACAGCAUAACACUAAAGGAUUUAUAUCAGGGACUAUCUGAGAUUGCUAGAAGGUUCACCAUCAUUGAAUAAAUGCAUAUACAUGUACUUUAUUCAGGAACUGAGGCAUACACAAGACCAGGGAAUUAAUUAAUGCAAAUUCAACAUUACUAUGGAAAACAUCAUGGACUAUGGUAGCAAGGUCACUAACACUGAUGGUGUGAUAAAUGAUGCUGGUUUUAUGAAAAAUAAUGCUAGUGUAAUGAUACAUCAUCCCAAAAGUGUAAUAAAUUAUGCUGAUGGCGUGAUAAUCAAUGUUGAUGGGAUAAAUACUGCCAAAAGUAUGACAAAUAGUUCUACUUCUUUGAUGAAUGCUGAUACUUCUAGUGGUAAAAUCAUUACUACUGGUCUUAAGGCACGAGGAAAUGGCCACAAAGGAACACAUAUUUGUGAUAUAUGCCAUAGAGUGUGUAAAUGGAAGUGUGUACUAGUGGAACAUUAUAGAAUCCAUACUGGAGAAAAAAACUUCAAAUGCAAGAUUUGUUCUAAAACAUUUACACAAAAAGCUUCUCUUAACUUAUACUAUAGAAUUCAUUCUGGAGAAAAGAACUUCAAAUGUGAUAUUUGUUCUAAAACAUUUUCAAGAAAGUCACAGCUUAACGAACAUUAUAGAAUUCAUACUGGAGAAAAGAACUUUAAUUGUGAUGUUUGCUCUAAAACAUUUUCAAGGAAGUCAAAUCUUAGCUCACAUUAUAGAAUUCAUACUGGAGAAAAGAACUUCAAAUGUGAUGUUUGUUCUAAAACAUUUAUGCAUAAAUCUUCUCUCAACAAACAUUAUAGAAUUCAUACUUGAGAAAAGAACUUCAAAUGUGAUGUUUGUUCUAAAACAUUUUCAAGAAAGUCAUCUCUUAACGCUCAUUAUGUAAUUCAUACUGGAGAAAGGAACUUCAAAUGUGAUGUUUGUUCUAAAACAUUUUCAAGAAAGCCAAUUCUUAACCAACAUUAUAGAAUUCAUACUGCAGAAAAGAACUUUAAAUGUGAUGUAUGUUCUAAAACAUUUUUGAGAAAGUCACAUCUUAGCAGACAUUAUAGAAUUCACACUGGAGAAAAGAACUUCAAAUGUGGUGUUUGUUCUAAAACCUUUAGGCAUAAAUCUUCUCUCGUCAUACAUUAUAGAAUUCAUACUGGAGAAAAGAAAUUCAAAUGUGAUGAUUGUUCCAAAACAUUUACAGAAAAGUCAUCUCUUAACUUACAUUAUAAAAUUCAUACCGGAGAAAAGGACUUCAAAUGCGCUGUUUGUUCUAAAACAUUUAGACGAAAGGAUACUCUUAACUUACACUAUAGAAUUCAUACUGGAGAAAAGAACUUCAAAUGUGAUGUUUGUUCUAAAACAUUUUCAAGAAAGUCAUAUCUUAGCUCACAUUAUAGAAUUCAUACUGGAGAAAAGAACUUCAAAUGUGAUGUUUGUUCUAAAACAUUUAUGCAUAAAUCUUCCUUUAACACACAUUAUAGAAUUCAUACUUGAGGAAAGAACUUCAAAUGUGAUGUUUGUUCUAAAACAUUUUCACAAAAGACAUGCAUCAUGAAAUCCACUAGAGGAGAAAAAUGUUAAAUGUGACAUUUAAACAUAAAUUAAGAAAGCUUGCAUGCAGAUGUUACUACUGGGUCAUACAAUACACAUAUUAUUCAGUUUAGAAUUGCAAUAGAUUCUGUUACCUUCAAUAAUAAUGGAAAAAGGAAAGUAAAAACAGCAAUUAAAAUAUAACAAUGUACCUAUAUUUUGAAAAAACUAAAUGAGAUAUAUAAAAUAUGUUGUCAUACUUAUGUCCAAUCAAUGAUCUCUCAAUGUUGAUAAAUAUCCUUGAUGAUCCUUGACAAGGUUACAGAUCAAGAAGCAUUUCAAUAAUCCAUAACAGUUCUCCAAUGGAAUAAUCCAACAAUGUCUUCCUAAAUGAUCUAC